UUUCACGAUUCAAUCAUAACCCGAUUGAGUACGAUUUUCAGUGUGCUCUGGGGAGUUUUCGUCAAGAGAGGUGCUGCGAUUUUGUUUCUAUUUUUUUUCUGUUGAAAUUCUUAUUGUAAAUGAAGUGAAAGCUCCAGCACAAGUUUAACAUCUUCAACUGAGUUCCAGAGUAGUUCAAUAAAGCUACAGGAAGGGGAAGAGGACUUGGAAUUUCUCUCAUGGAAAAGCGCGUGUACGAGGUUUGGAAAGGAAGUAAUAAGUUUAUCCUUGGUGGGAGGCUGAUAUUCGGGCCAGAUGCUAAGUCUCUACUUGUUACCAUAUUGCUGAUCAUUGUUCCUGUUAUUAUCUUUUGUGUGUUUGUUGCAAGGCAUCUUCGGCAUGCAUUUUCUCCAUAUAAUGCAGGAUAUGCAAUUCUGGCGGUAGCAAUCGUCUUUACCAUCUAUGUGUUGGUUCUUCUUUUCCUCACAUCAGCCCGGGACCCAGGAAUCAUUCCACGCAAUUCACAUCCACCGGAGGAGGAGUUCCGCUAUGAAUCUUCUGUUUCAACUGAGGCCGGGGUUAGGCAAACACCCAGCCUCCAAUUCCCUCGAACCAAGGAAGUUAUAGUUAAUGGGAAUCCAGUUCGGGUUAAGUACUGUGACACAUGCAUGCUUUAUCGCCCUCCUCGUUGCUCCCACUGUUCCAUUUGCAACAAUUGUGUAGAGCGUUUUGAUCACCAUUGUCCAUGGGUGGGCCAAUGUAUUGGACUGCGAAAUUACCGGUACUUCUUUAUGUUCGUUUCUUCAGCAACUCUUCUCUGCAUCUAUGUAUUCUCCCUGUCAGCAGUGUACAUCAAGGUUCUGAUGGGUGAUCACCAUGGAACAGUUUGGAAAGCAAUGCAGGAAUCUCCUCCAUCUGUCAUAUUAAUGGCAUACUGUUUCAUUGCACUGUGGUUUGUUGGCGGGCUUACCGGGUUUCACUUGUACCUCAUUGCAACAAACCAGACUACCUAUGAAAAUUUUCGAUUUAGGGCUGACAACAGAAUCAAUGUUUACAAUCUGGGUUGUCCUAGUAAUUUUCUUGAAGUAUUUGGCACAACAAUAAAGCCCUCGAAGAACAAUUUCCGGGCUUAUGUUCGAGACGAGGCACCAAGGCCUACCUUACCGAAUACUCGAGGGGCUGAAGCUGAAGAUCUAGGCGGAGAUCCUCGUUCCAAGGUUGAAGAUGAUCUAGAGAUCGGUGAAGAUCUAUUGAAGAUCUCCCAACGACGUAAUAUCGAGGAAAUCGACGACGACAUCCGUAGUAGAGGGGGCAAUGGCCCUGCCCGUACCACCUUGGAUGUUGAUUCUAUUCUGAAUUCCGAUCACCGAUCUCCCACAAUUCGAUCUGAAACGAGACACUCAAGUUGGGGUAGGAGAAGUGGUAGUUGGGAAAUCGCAGCCAACGACGUCCUUGCCAAUUCCAAAAUUACCGAAAGUAGAAGCCAUAUCACACCGAAAGAAGCUUGGCGAUGACGGGGUUGAUUUGUGAGUUGCCAAUGCAUGAAUUGAUGAGCAGACUCCAUUGAUGUGUAUUUGUAAUUGUUAUGAGAAGAUGAAGUGAAUAGUUUUACUUUUUCAUCUUAGAUUGUUUGAAUGACAUGCAACAUUGGGUGGAACGUCUAGUUUUGGUUUUUUCUUUUAUUUCAGUUUGUAAAAAUAUUAUUUUCAUCACUCGAAACUCGAAAAAUUAUUGAAAAGCCCCUUUUCUCUUUAA